AUGUCGUUUAACGUCUCGAGUACAUAUGGAGCAGUAGCAAUUGGCGCGCUCUCAGCCUCUCUACUUUCUGGCGCAGUAGCCAUCCAAACGAUUUUUUACUACAAGCUGUAUCCCUCUGAUUUGAUUAGAGUUAAAACCCUCGUAUUCGCUAUAUGGCUGCUCGAUACCUGCCACACCUGCUUCGUCUGGGUAUCUCUAUGGUACAUGCUUAUCAGCCACUAUGGUAGCCUCGAUAUCAUACCUUGGAGCAUCGGGGUGUCCAUCGUCAUUACGGCCGUCUUGACAUUUCUCGUGCACUGGUACGCUCAGACAUAUUAUGAUUUCCCCUCAUCUACUCAACUACCCGUUGCUAUAGCUUCUUCGCACAUAGGAUAUUUAUGCCAAGAGAAAUUGGCUCCUUACAUGCCCUAUUCUGAUCCUAGCGGCAUUCCGUCUCGCUUCUGCUUGUGGUUCGUUUAUGAGACUCUUCGUCCCUGGAUAUUCACACUCGGUCUGGUGCUAUCCUCCGCGGUCGACAUGCUAAUCACCGGGUCUCUCUUCGGUCUACUACAUAAAAGUCGCUCGGAGGCCGAGAAGUACGAAAUCCCCUCCAUUCUUGUCCCACCAGCUAAAACCGAGCGCCCUAGCCUUAAUGCCAUCAUCGAUGCUCUGAUCCUGUACACCUUCGAGACCGGGUCUCUGACAUGCGUGGCAACUAUUAUCGACAUGAUUUGUUGGAUCACGAUGUCAUCAAACCUAAUAUUUAUGGGCCUUCAUUUCGUCAUUAGUAAAUUAUACGCCAACUCAUUAUUAGCAACGUUAAACACACGUCGUGGCCUACGAAGAGGACAGUGGUCUUCGUCUGGUCGCACUGGGAGUGCGAUAAUGUUGAAUAGCCGUCAACCCCGUGAUCGAGUAGUAUUACAGGCUGACCCGGUGUUGGCUAAACGAGGAGAGCUUCAGAUUAAUGUGGAGCGGAGCAUCCACUGUUCAACAGAUUAUUAA